CAGUGUAUAGCAACAAUCCACCACUCCCAAUAAAAAAAUACCAACAGUGCUUGUACCAAAACAAUUCUCUCGUGCGCAAUCCAAAGUAUGCAAAAAUCCUCACAUAUAGUGCGCCAGGAUUCGGAAGAAAGAUUGCCAACUACUCAUUACAAAGUAAUUGUUCCAACAAUGAAGCGACGUACAUUGGCUGGGACCUUUGGUGUUGGUGUGUUUGUGAUCGCGUUCGCAGCAAUUGUCAUCUCGUUCGCCACACCCAAUUGGUUGGCAAGUGAUGACCGUAUAACGGGUGCGAAAUUGGAACGUCUGGGACUGUGGGUGCACUGUUUUCGGUCUUUGCCUGAUGUAAAUGACGAUAGCCAACGUCGGUUCUUCGUCGGAUGCCGAUGGGUUUAUGAUCCCUUCACAACGGGCUAUGACGAGAUACGAGGCUUUCUACUGCCCGCAUUCAUGAUUGCAACACAAUUCUUCUAUACACUCGCAUUUAUUGGAGCGCUAGUAUCGUGUGUAGGAGUUUUGGUAUUCUUCCUCUGCGCUGGACCGGACCAGAAAUACUUUGUAACACUUAUAAAAUUAAUAGGGUAUGUAAUGUUGGGUACAGGGGUGUGCGCCGCUAUAGCGGUCAUCGUUUUUGCAUGCUUUGGUAAUCGUAACGGCUGGAUGCCGGAGCAUGCCAACAAUUGGUUCAGUUGGUCAUUCGUACUAGCAUGCGUUGGAGCGGUAUUCUCUUUGGUUACGGCAAUACUCUUUUUGACCGAGCAGAAUGUACAAGCGAAAAAACGCAUGCAAUUUAAGGAAUCCCAAACGCGUUUUGAGUUGAUGCAAGGUAAAGCCUAGUUAUGGCGUGACCUUUCGACGGAAGAGCUCACAUUGCUGGAACAUAAAUAUAAUCGCAAGAGAAAGUAUUUGGGGUUAGAAGCGCAGCGGUGCAAAAGUGGCGCUGUGCUAUAAAUAGCAAGUGUGUUCAAGCAUAAAGCUUAAAUAGACAUAGAAUUGAAAAACAACUACUUUUAGUUUAGUUUGCCUAUUCGAACUUAAAGUAAACGACCAGUUUUAGAAUUAAAAAGUGGUAAUAACGAUUUUUUAUAUAAACUCCGAAUGUUACUAGCAUGAAAGCGGGGGAAAAAUUGCCUUAAGUUUAUGCAAUUUCGUAAAAGGGUUAAAUCACAUGCAUAUACAUUGUACAUACAUAAUGAAUUCACAUAAUUCAGCACAAAAAAUGCCAAGAAACGCAGUUGGUACUUAUGACAUGCAUUUACAUAUUUAUAGACAUACAGCAUUUUUGUAGUCAUUUAAGACUGUCUUGAAGCAAAACCAUUGCAUUUGUGUCCAACAACGAAUUUUCAUUAGAAUCUCACGCUUUACGCAUAUAUUAGAUACUUGAGCAAUUAUUUUUGAAAAGUAAUACUAAGCAUAAAAACUGCAAAAGUGGGCAUUUUAGUUAAUGUGUACAAUUAAUUACAAAUAUUGCUGCUAUUUUGGUAUUUUCUAAGCAUCACACAGGUGCUUGUGUUGGUUUGUGAAUCGUUAGCACUAUUUAUGUGCACUUUUAAAGGGUUACUUCUUAAAUUGAUGUAUGCAUAAAUUAUUUAAAGAAUCUCAAACGACUUAGUUUACACCACUUUGUCUCUAAAGCUAACUCCGUCCAUUUAAUCUUUUGUGAAAAAUAUUCAAUUAAAAUGUGCCUUAAGUAAAAUCGUUAGCUAUAGUAUAUAUGCAUAAGUAAACCUCGAACUAGAGGCAUUUAAUUAUGAACUACACGCAAAUUGAAUGCAUAUUUUCUGCUACAAAAAUUGCAUAAACUUUCGCUUUGUAUUCACACCACCUAUUCAUAAGUAAAUACAAGCAUACAUAUGUAUAAGGAAAUAAUACUAAAACAAAACAGUUGAAUGAGCACAAGAUUUGCAUGUUUAUUGUAAAAAAAAUUACAACACAAAGAUUGUUGAAACAUUGAAGACGCACAUUAACGGUACAUUAUAUCAUUGUUAAAUAUUUUUGUUUAUUAUCUUGUGCAUCUAAAUAGUAGUGCCUUAGGAAGAAAAUAUUGUACAAAUCUACAAAAAUAUUCGAAGCAGUAGUAUGUAAACAAUACAGCAAUGUUAAACGAUUUACAUUUAGUAUAUUAAUAAUUAACAUUCCAUUAGAUAUUUUCAAAAAUACAAAUUCAUGUUUUGCAAAGUAUUAUUCAAAUAUAUGUACAUCCGUCCAUUUACACAAAUUACAAUUGCUGCUAAAAUUUACCUUGUGUCGUCUCGUAAUCACACGAAAUUUUACCAUUAUAUUUUAUACAUAGUUAUAUGAGCUCAUACAAAUACGAGUAUAUACGCAUACGAUAUCUUUACACCGUUGUUUGUAUAUUUCACUACCAUUCGAAAAUUAAUAAAAAUCUCAACACAA